CUGCAAGGAUAAUGUUUCUUUCGUUUUCAUUUCCCGGAAGGGUCUAAAGAAAAAAACAGUAUAGGGUACAGUUUUGUUUCUUCGAUAAUAUCAUAUCUGUAUUUGAAAAUAUGACUGAGGAGGUGUGAGAUAGAGUUAUUUCUUUCCAUUUAUUUCGCGAACCGUCACCCCUAUUUUAAUUGUUCCUAUUUUUGGCGCAGUCGUUUCCAUGAUGAACAUUUCCUUGUCACCUUUGAUUAAGCAGGAAAACACAGCAAGCAGUAUGUCUCUGGUAAUGCAGGGAAGACAGACGAAACCAUCCCCAAGUCUGCCUCUCUCACUCCACAAUCAGCCUUGUCUGGUCGCUUCCCCCUCCACUGAGGACCUGUGGCAUCUGCCUGGAAGGCUGAGAAUAAACCCAUCUCUGUGGGACAAGGAGGAUGUUGCCCACUGGCUCCACUGGGCUCAGAAGGAAUACUCACUGCAAAGAUCAGAGAAGGGACAUUUUGAGAUGAACGGCAGAGCCUUGUGCCUGCUCACUAAAGAAGACUUCAGACGCCGCUGCCCCAGCUCAGGCGAUGUGCUGUACGAGAUCCUUCAGUGUGUGAAACAACAGAGGAGGAAUGUCUUCUGUGGGUCUCCUAAUGUUUCUGCUUCUGUGACAACUGGACAGAUUCAGGGUGCCAUCAGCUGCCAGAUACCCACCAUCAUUAUCCAGAAACCACAGUCUGUGACAGUCAGUGACACACCAGUUUCCCCGGCGGCCACAGCAGCAGUGUCUGCAGCCGCCGUGAGCAGCCGGCCUGAGGUCUCAACACCUCUCAGAGAUCACGCUGCUACACUCACACACAAUAACGGAUCGGCAGCUGUCUCUACUCAGAACCAAGUUCAGGGUAUCCUUUCAGCAGAGAGCAUCGGCCAAGAACCUCUCAACCUGUCCAGUCGAGAGAAACCAAGGAAUCCACUGCACAAGGCCAAUGGCUGCAUCCCAGAGUGCAGACUGCUGUGGGAUUAUGUGUAUCAGUUGCUACUUGACGACCGUUACCAAGACUACAUUCGAUGGGAAGAUCACAACAGCUUGGUAUUCAGGGUGGUCGAUCCCAAUGGAUUGGCACGUCUUUGGGGAAAUCACAAGAACCGACAUAAUAUGACCUAUGAGAAGAUGUCCCGUGCUUUACGGCACUACUACAAGCUCAACAUCAUCAAGAAAGAGCGAGGACAAAAACUCCUCUUCAGGUUUCUGAAACUUCCAGGGGACACCAAGAAACAGCAGGUGGAGACUGAUGUUUCCCUCGAGCACACUCCACCUCAUGAUGACUUUCCAGACAGCAGUCCUACACACAAGUUCCACGAGAACCGUUUUGAGGUUUCACCUGAUCGGUCUCCUCCACAGCCUCCUCCCACUGGGCCUCCAGUGAGAUAAGACAGUGGAUUAAACUGGAAAAAGGGAAAGGAUAACGGAACGAAAAUGUGUGUAUUGUGUAUUUAUUUUACAGUUUCAGCUUCCAAAAUUAACCAGUGCAUGUACAGAACGCACCUCAGCACUCCAGUAGCAGAUGUAUUUUUGGGAA